UUUCCUGAUAAUCCGUGCCCUGCCUCUCUCAUCCUGCUGCUCCCUGACAGAAGAACUAGCUGUCAAACCGGGGAGAUAACCGGGAGAUAACCGGGAGGAACCAGCGGGUCACUCACCGAGGAACAUCCGCGGACAUACGCUUCUUUGAACAUUGAGGGUGAAGUCAGAGUAAACCUGACUCGGUGAUCCAUGAGGUGAGCCCACCUGUCGGCCCCAGUCCAGCUCUCAGGUAAACCACUGACCUGGGAUCAGGCUGCACGUUAAUCCUCUAAGGAGCUUUAGCAGGCUAAGUUUGGCCCCGGACUGUGUCACUCGCCUGGCCUCAGCUCGCCAUGAUGCAGAUAUCAGAGUCCUACAAUCAGAAGAACUCGCUCUUCAAUGCCAUGAACCGCUUCAUCGGCGCCGUCAACAACAUGGACCAAACGGUGAUGGUGCCCAGCCUGCUGCGAGACGUGCCGCUGGACGACGGCGAGGGUGUGAAGGCGCCCACCAACGGCCCUGCUUACCUCCACCAGGACGGCGACAUGUACAGCUCGUACAUGCUGCUCAAGUCCAUUCGCAACGACAUCGAGUGGGGCGUCCUACAGGGCGACGAGCGGCGGAAAGAGAAGGCUGGCGUGGCCGAGGUGAGGCUGGAGGACGACCUGGAGAAACAGUUCCACUUCCACCUGAACGGACUCCACACGGUUCUGUCCAAACUGACGCGCAAAGCCGACACGCUGACCACCCGCUACAAGGAGGAGAUCGGCUGCAGGAACUGACCACGCUCAUAGACACGUCUGAUUUCAUGUUUACUGCUCAUUAAGAACACUCUAACAACAGCGCUAACUGCUGCUUAAAGGGCCAAUCAUCUCUGAGUAUUCUAACGCCGUGUCCUGACAGCACACGUCACCAAGUCAGUCAUGAUUCCUGUGAUAGAAUGAGAGGUGUAGUGCUAAACAGUGCAAGACAGUAUGCCAGUUUUACCCCCUCACCUGGUUCCUGAUGUCCUCUCUGUCACUUAUGUAAGCAUGGGAGCGAGGAAGAAGGAGAGAGGAAGAUGACAAGGCACCAGGAGUGACAGUUCUCUAAAUCUUUCACUUUCCUAGCUCCCAGACCUCGUUAGGCACCGACACUUUUCCAAAAGUUGCCAACUAUGGCUGACUAUUUGGCAAAAACAGAGGGGGAAAGCCACCAACAUCCCCAGCUUCACCAACAUUCUGUCCUAUGUCUUUGAUGAUGUCAUCCUUGAGAUGAAAACAUUCCAUGCCUUUGAUUGUUAACAUGUACAGCAACAUCAGGCUAAAAAGACAAACAUGUCAACAGUCUUCACCAGUUCUACACACUUUUCCUAAUGUUACCAACGUAUUUCAGCAACUUGUACAUUUUUUUGUAAACGUUUUACCUAGAAUGAAGAGAGCAUGGUCCAAAUUGUGCAAACAGGUUGGCAACUUUAGGAAACAUAGGUAGAACUGGUGAAAAACCUUUUGGUUUCAACAGUUCCACCAACUUCUCCAAAUGUUGGCAACCUUUUUUUUUUGCAAUUUCAGUGAUCAUUUUGCUCAUGUUUUUGACCAAAAUAGAGAGAGAAUAGUCUGAAUUGCACAAACAGGUUGGCAACUUUAGGAAAAGUGGGUAGAACUGUGAGAAACCUGUACGCUUCACCAGUUCCACCAACUUCUCCAAAUAUUGGCAAUCUUUUGUUUUUUUGCAAUUUCAGUGUUCACUUUGGUCAUGUUUUGACCAAAAUAGAGAAAAAAUAGUCUAAAUUGCACAAACAGGUUGGCAACUUUGGGAAAAGUGAAUGGAACUGGUGAGAAACCUUCAGGAUUCACCAGUUCCACCCACGUUUCCUAAACUUGCCAACCACGGCCUAUGUGGCAAAUGUGGAGGGGAAAAGCCCCCAGCAUCCCCAGCUUCACCAACAUUCCAUCCUCUGCCUUUGAGGGUGAUGUCAUCAAAGCUUGUCAAACGUUCCAUCCUUGCCUUUUACAAAGCGGAGCUAGAGGAGCUUUCCCUGUCUGUGUUGGAAAAACUCUGACUAAACGGGGAACUGUUGAGCUCACAGGCUCGUUAAAGGCUUUUCAGAAUAAAGCGCCACUCUUCUGUUUCUCCACCUUCAGAAUAAAAGAGCUAGAAGUUGUUGUUUUUGUUUUUGUUUUUGUUUUGGCAUGGAAAACUGUAAUGUAAAGAGCAGAGUAGAAUAUCUGGCAGGACACGGCGUUAAAGACCUGGGUCAUUAAAACUGAAAUAAAUGAAAACAAGAAAAUAAUUUCUACAAAUUUAGACUGGAGCAGCAAAAUCAGCCAUAAAAUCAUAAAACAUUGACUAAAGUUGACAAAAAGGGCAAUAUGAAGCUUUACGUGGUACCGUCUGAGUCACUGGUAACUAUGAGUGAAAACUGAAGUGACGGACUGUCCCUGAAGGCACCACCUAAUGAUAACUAAUGAAACUCCAGGUCUAAGAUCUCAGAGAAGGAUUGAAAUAGCUCCAAUAAGAGCAGGUCAAUGAGUGUAAAUGUGCAGAAACACUUUGAUCAAACUCUCCUGUCUCUCUCAGAGGGAGUCAGGAGAGUUAAAAUCAGACUGCGGCUGUUUCUCUGACUGUACUUUCUGACUGUACUUCUGUUGGUUUCCCUCCGUCUGUCCUCCUUUAAAACUAUGCAAACAAACACACGGGGCGUUUCUGUAGUCUAAUCUCUGCUUGAAUACUGACGCACAAACUGAACCGUAGGAAAUAAGGUCCCGUAGUUUCACCAUCCUGAGAAGAAAGCACCGGAGGGUCGGUCCAGCUGAACCCCUUCUGAUUGGCUGCUUCAUGUCCAAUAACAGUAAAACAGUUCCUAACUUAAUCUGGAUUAUCCUGGCUGUCAGAUCAUCUACAUUUCUCCCCAAACUUAAAACACUUGAAUUUUGGAAUGCUUGAAGUUUAUUUAAAUUUUAAUUUAAAGUGCGAUGAAUCUAAAAAAGGAAGUUUCUUCAUGGUCGAUGAACAUUUCUGUAAAACAGAGGCUGUUUGUGUGAAAUACUGUUGUUACUCUACAGAGCUAUGCAUUUUUCUAUUUAACGUCCAGCUUGGCUAAUAAAGCUUUUCAUGACA